AUGACAAAGCGAUACCUCAUCCCCGCGCUCGCCAUCUCGUUCGUCUCGAUGGUGCUGCUCGUCCUGGUCACCAUCAGCACACCCACGACGCUCUCGGACAGCACGCCGUUCGACUUUGUGCGCUCCUCGUCGCUCGGCGGCAUUGUCGAUCUCUCGCCCAACUCGAACGAAAAGCGGCUGAUUGGAGCUGUCAAGUUCGGCACGUGGGGCUACUGCACCGCGCUCAACGGUACCUCGAACUACGCGUGCUUCAAGCACUCGCACGGCUACUCGGUUCGCUUUGGGAUCAACCCGAACACCACGGCGACAGCGGCGCGCGAUGCCGUGAGCAUCGGGUCUUCGUGGACGCGCGGGCUCGCCGUGCACGUGGUUGCGUUCGUUGCUGCGCUCAUUGGCCUCGUGCUCACCGCGAUCCCCAAACAGGUCGUGCGCCUCGCCGCGCUCGUGGUCAACGCCGUCGCCGCCCUCCUGGCACUCAUUGCGUUCGCCAUCGAUAUCGCGCUUUACGUCUACGUCCAGCGCCAGAUGAAGAAAGUCGCCGACAGCCCCAACACCAUGCCCGGCCCUGCGUUCUACAUGGCCCUCAUCGCCAUCCCCAUCGCCGUCGCCGCCACCGUGUUCAACGGUCUCAACUGGAAGAGCGAGUCCCUGGACAGGGUCGUCACAAGCGGGUACGACUACCCGGCAGCGACAGGCGCCGCGGGAGACGACAGCUGGAAGUAUGGCAACCACCAGAUGCAGCCCACUAGCGCCAGUAGCGAGUACACGCAGACGGGCGCUGGCAGUGCCAGUGCGCAAAAGGUGCUGGAUGCGUAUGAGGAGUCGAAGCACACCUAA